UAUAUUUAGCCGAUAGACGCGUUUGCCUGUAAACUACCGGAGCCAGUAUAUUCAAGCUUUUUCUGGAAACGCAGCGGAGGUGACAUCAUGCGCCUCCAGCGCUGACAACCGGGCAGCAACCGUUGCCCCUCAGUGGACAGAAAUGACAGCCGCUGGAGAGCCGCAGCCAUUAGCCAAACACUAGCCUACCGGAGUGUUAGGGCGGCCUGUGCACAGCUGAUGCUGUGUAAUUACCACUAAUCCUGCUGUGGUGUACAGCUGUGUGCUGCGUCUCGCCUGUCCAACGCUGAAUCCUUCACAGGCAUUUCUGCGUAUUUAUUCUGCACAUUCAUGAUGGUGUCGCUUCUGGACCACAGUGAAAAAUGGCCCAUGUCAUCCACCGUACCCAUACAGUAGGUGCUGGACUCGAUAAAUAAAAUCACUGCAACGUGCUAGUAAUAUGCAGUAGGCUACAUUUGCACAGGCGAAAAUGGGAUGCAUCAGGGCUUAUCUGCAGAAAAUAAGACGCAGGAUAAAGCUGGACCGGCUCAGAGAGCUGGGCCGACAGUAUCCAGUCUUUUGCUUUCUGUUGCUGGUCCUGCUGCUGUCCACUGUUGUUUUAAACAGAUAUAUUCACAUUAUAAUGGUAUUUUGGUCCUUCCUGGCUGGAGUUGUCACUUUUUACUGCUCUUUGGGGCCCGAGUCUUUGCUGCCCAACAUCUUAGUCUCCAUCAAACCAAAGACCAAGUCAUACCAGCAGGAGCUGUUUCCACUGGGGCACAGCUGUGCUGUUUGUGGAAAAAUCAAAUGCAAAAGGCACAGACCGACCCUAUUACUAGAAAACUAUCAGCCAUGGCUUGACCUGAAAGUUCCCUCAAAGGUUGAUGCUUCUCUUUCAGAGAUUCUGGAGCUUGUUCUGGAAAAUUUUGUGUAUCCUUGGUAUAGAGACAUCACGGAUGAUGAGGCAUUUGUUGAUGAGCUGAGAGUAACUCUACGUUUCUUUGCAGCUGUGUUAGUCCGCCGAACUCAGAAGGUGGAUGUGGCAUCCCUCAUCACACUAAAGCUCCUUAAAGUUUCCAUGAAGCACAUUGAAAUACUAAGCAAAGCCAGGCAGAAAGUAAAGAACACAGAAUAUCUUCAACAAGCUGCCCUGGAGGAAUACGGUCCUGACCUCCACGUAGCCCUUCGCAGUCGCAGAGACGAGCUCCUCUACCUCAGGAGGAUGACCGAAAUGCUCUUCCCCUACAUCCUGCCACCCAAGGCUACAGACUGCAGAUCUCUUACUCUCCUAAUAAGAGAAGUCUUGGCUGGUUCUGUCUUCCUUCCUUCACUGGACUACUUGGCUGAUCCUGACACAGUGAAUCAUUUAAUUUUGAUAUUCAUCGACAACUCCCCUCCUGAAGAGGCCACAGAGCCCACUUCAACGUUGGUUCCUUUCCUGCAAAAGUAUUCAGAUACUCGCAGCAAAAAGCCCUCAGAGCUAAAGCUUGAGUUGAAGGAAAUCAGAGAACAGCAAGACCUUCUCUUUCGCUUCAUGAACUUCUUGAAGCAAGAGGGGGCUGUCCAUGUGCUCCAGUUCUGCCUUGCAGUUGAGGAAUUCAACGAUAGGAUCCUGUGCCCAGAGCUGUCAGACUCAGAGAAGAUAAUGCUUCACGAGGAGGUGAAGAAGAUCUAUGAGACCUACUGUUUGGACGAGAGUGUUGACAAGAUCCGCUUCGACCCCUUUAUUGUGGAAGAAAUACGCAACAUUGCAGAGGGCCCAUAUGCAGAAGUGGUGAAAUUGCAGACCAUGAGGUGUUUGUUUGAAGCGUACGAGCAUGUCCUGUCCCUCCUGGAGAAUGUUUUCACCCCCAUGUUCUGUCACAGUGAUGAGUACUUUCGCCAGCUUCUGCGAGGGGCUGAGUCCCCCGCCAGGAAUUCUAAGAUGAGCAGAAAUAGCCUCAGUUUGGAUGACAUUCGUUCCUGGGACUGGAGCCCCGAGUCAAUGUGCUCACUGUUCAUCGCCUCUGGCAGUACUUCACCUGCAUCUUUUAACUCCCUCCAUGCCCAGUCCGCGUUCACAACCUUCCCAUAUGGCUCACUAUCCCACCGCCACUCAUCACCAAAGAACACGUCAAAGAGGGGAGAGUCCUUCGGGAUCAGCCGCAUUGGCAGUAAGAUCAAAGGAGUGUUCAAGAGCACAACUAUGGAGGGAGCCAUGCUGCCAUCCUAUGGGCUGGUAGAGGGAGAGGAUGAUAUGGUGGAGGAGGCCAUGAUGGUGCUGGAGGAUGACUCCCCCAUUGAGGCAGCCUCUACCCCCAGUACCCCUCGAAACCUCUCAGCCUGGAACAUCACCAUCCCUUACAUUGAUUUCUAUGACGACGAUGUGAAGAGGGAGAGGAUUCCUGUGUUCUGUAUUGAUGUGGAGCGCAACGACAGGAAGGCAGUGGGACAUGAGACGGAGCACUGGUCUGUAUACAGAAGAUAUCUGGAGUUCUAUGUACUUGAAUCAAAGCUCACUGAGUUUCAUGGCUCAUUUCCAGAUGCACAGUUGCCUUCGAAGAGAAUCAUUGGUCCCAAGAAUUACGAGUUCCUCACAUCAAAGCGGGAAGAGUUCCAGGAGUACCUUCAGAAACUUCUCCAGCAUCCAGAGCUGAGCAACAGUCAGCUCUUGGCAGACUUCCUGUCUCCUCACAGUAUGGAGUCUCAGUUCCUGGACAAGAUGUUACCCGACGUGAACCUGGGGAAAAUCAUUAAGUCGGUUCCAAGCAAACUAAUAAAAGAGAAAGGGCAGCAUCUGGAGCCUUUCAUCCAGUCUUUCUUCAACUCCUGUGAAUCUCCCAAACCCAAACCCAGCCGCCCUGAGCUCACUAUCCUGAGCCCUACCUCGGAAAAUGAUAAAAAGCUCUUCAAUGACCUCUUCAAAAACAACGCCAACCGAUCAGAAAUGACCGAGAAGAGACACAAUCAGAACUACUUCAUGGAAAUGAUCACGGUCGAAGGGGUGUAUGACUACUUAAUGUAUGUGGGCCGAGUAGUCUUCCACAUCCCCGACUGGCUGCACCACCUGCUAAUGGGUGGCAGGAUCCUGUUCAAGAACACACUGGAGGCCUACACAGAUUACUACCUUCAGUACAAACUGAACCAGGUGGUCCAGGAGCACCGGCUAGUCUCACUCAUCACCCUGCUUAGAGACACAGUUUUCUGUGAGAGCAGUCCACCCCGCUCGCCCCAAGACAAGCAGAGGAGGGCGAAGAAGACUUUCGAAGAGAUGAUGAGCUAUAUUCCAGACUUUUUGGGGAAAUGUAUCGGUGAAGAGUCCAAGUAUGAAGGAGUACGUCUGCUCUUCGAUGGAUUGCAACAGCCAGUUCUCAAUAAACAGCUGACAUAUGUGCUAUUGGAUAUCGCCAUUCAAGAACUUUUUCCUGAGCUAAACAAGCAAGUACAGAAGGAGACCUCUGUGAUUGCUCCGUGGAUGUAAAAUGAACAGUUCAAUGGACAUGAGCUGAACAUGAACAUGCUUAUCAGGCAUUGACUCAUCCUACACUACUGCAAAGACUUUUGUUGGUCAGGUUACCUGAAACUAACAUGUAGAUCAUAUGUAAAAUACAUGGAGACACGAGGCUUCUCCUGCUGUA